CGACAAUGUUUUAGUGAAAUCGCUGUUAGGGUGUAUUGCUUCGCCAUUUUAUCAGUAUUUUAAUAAAUUUAAGCCGAUUUUUUAUUCGUUUCGAUGUAAUUCGCAUUAGUGAUUUAGCAGUUUCGUGACAAAAAUAUGAGAUUUGCCCGUGCCUUAAAGCACUAUUUCGAUUAUGAGUAUUUAAUUAAAUUGGAAAGGCUGCGUUAAGUAAACAGAUAUUUAAUCAUGCCUCUGCCGAAGAGGUUAAUCGAACCCGUAUACGUAACUAGAGGCACCUUACCCGAAGAUUACCCUUUACCAUCUGAAUUAGAAGCCGUAACGAACGGAACAUUAGCCAAUACGGUGCGACAGCUUUCUUCUCUCUCCAGGCAUGCCGAGGAUUUAUUCGGGGAGUUAUCGCGCGACGCCCAGCAACUCUACGAUCGAUCGAAUUCCCUUCAAGCUCGCAUCGAUCGACUGGCCAUAAAAGUAACCCAAUUGGAUAGCACGGUGGAAGAAGUAUCCCUGCAGGACAUCCACAUGAGGAAGGCGUUCAAGAGCAGCGUCGUUUUCGAUCAACAGAUAUUUUCGAGGGAAACGAUGCCGACGGCGAUGCAGGAAACGUACAACGUGUGCGACAAACCGCCGCCCCUGGACAAAUUGAAUUGCUACAGGGACGACGGCAAGGACGGCUUGAAGUUCUACACGGAUCCGAAUUAUUUCUUCGAUUUGUGGCGACAGGAGAUGCUCAACGACACCGAAAGGAUGAUGCACGACAAGGGCAAGAAGCCGCACCGGCCGAGAACGAAGGACAGCGGUCAGGGAUACAGGCACAAGAAGGGCGUCAGACAGCCGCACAAUACCAGAGAGAGGCAGAAACAGAUCGCCAGAGAACAAGGGGAAUACAUCAUGCCUCAAAACACGAUUUAUAGGACUCCGCAACAGAUCCACCAGUCGCAAAUACCCGCCGAGGAGCUGAUGAUGCCGCAGCAGCACGUCCAGCAGCGCCCGCCCCGGCCGAAUUCGAUCGAAAUCCGGCGCUCCUAUCAGCAGGAGGUGCCCGACGGCAUACAAUCCCCGGCGUAUCCUCCGUACGACGAGAAUCCGUACCAGCAUGGCAUGUACGGACAGGGUCCUCUCAGUUCGGAGUCGCUCUACGCCGGCGGCACGCCGACCAGAGGCAGCAAGAUAAGACCGAGCGUACCGCCGCCGGCGCCGCCCAGCAACAACAGCACGCCGUCGGCGAGCACGCCGACCAGAGGCAGGGGAAUCCCGGCCGGAAGGGAUAAUUUACCGCCUCCGCCGCCACCGCCGGAAGCGUCGAUGUCGCCGCCGCCUAACGGCAUACCGGCGCACGUCAUCAGACAAUCGAGCCAAUCGAGAUCGAACAGCCCGCAUUCGCAGCACGCCGAUACGCCGGAACCCGUUCAAGAUCUACCGCCGCCGCCGCCAGCUCCCGUUAAACAAGCGUCGCCUCCGAAGCAGCAGACGCCGGUGGCGCCGCCGCCGCCGCCUCCGCCGCCUAUGCCGAUGCCGAUGGUCGUCAACGGUCCGACGAUGACGCCGAUGUUGAACGGCGAUUUGGCGAAAAUACUGAAUUCGGCGCCGCCGAAAUUGACGCCGGUGAAGGACAGGCCGAUGUCGAAGCCGCCGAUGGUCGAUCCGAGAAACGACCUGCUUAAGGCCAUCAGGGACGGGAUUAAGUUGAGGAAAGUGGAGAAAAUCGAGCAGAAAGAGGUUGAGAGGGGUAACGGUUUGCACGACGUGGCUAGCAUCUUGGCCAGGAGGGUGGCUGUCGAGUUUAGCGAGUCGGAGUCCGGCAGCGAUUCGGAGUGCGACAGCGAGGGAUGGGGCGAGAACGAGACGUCGGCGUGACAUAGAAGAAAGGCUAGCACGGCUAGUCAGGUAUAUUGAAAGAGAGAAAGACAACGAAAGAGGCGAUGAGACUGUUUUGAGGAACAAGUGAGCUUGUUGUUGUAGGGAAAACGUGCUGCGAUGGUGUGUGUGUAUUUUUUUUAUUAUUUCUGUGCCUGUCUUAUGGGUUUUUAAUCGUGGGUGUUUGAUGAUCGUUUAAUAAAAGGAAACUAGUCAGACGCUUUAUUUGUAAUUUUUGGUAUGUAGUAGCCUUUUUUGGAUUGUGGGUUUAAAGCGAAAUUGACUCUUUUUAGAAAUUAAGCACUUUAAAUUCGUUGAAAAAAGUAUCACCUGUACGAUUUAUAAGUUGUAAAAAAUUUCUAUUUAACAGUCUCGAUGUCGAAUUUGUGGUAAAGCUUCUCUUGUUAUGUUUUUAUAGUUUAUUUAUUCACUAAAGUACCAAGAUUUAAAAACGUUGAUGAAAGGAAUUUUAAGUAAAAUAAGUAUUGAAAAGUUACCUAGGUGUAUAUUAUGGUUCCCUUGUAGGUAAACAAAUCAUUGAGAAUGUAACAAAUUUCAACAAACAGUUUUUUCGAAUAGGAAAAUAAUUUAAUAAGUACUCUAACCACUGAUUACUAUAGUAUUAUUAACUUUAAUACUUGAUAAAAGACGUUUGUGUAUAUUUUGCUAGAUGUAAAUUUUUUUAAACGUUGAAUUUUUAUUCUCUAUCGGAAUUGUAACGAUUUUAUGAAUUUUUUUUAAUUACCACUUUCCAUGGAACUGUAUAGAAUUAUUCCUAGCUGAUGCAAACUUCAGUAUUAUUACCUCAAAAGUUGUCUUCAAUGCCACCCCUAGCCUGAUUAGCAAAAGUAAUACCUAUUUAUAAAGGCUUCGAUUUUAUACUUGAAAUUAUGUUAGUUUUAUAGUAAUAAACGUGGCAUUGGGUGCAAAAAAACAAUGUUUACUAUGAACGCAGUGAGAUGGUAUGUAAGGACAUUUUUUUAUAAAUUUCGAAUCAAAAAUUAAUCAAAACGCCAUUGUUGUAAAUAUUUUAAUAAUUCCUUUCUUGAAUAGAAAACGUUCGUAUCUCACUGGCGCCGAGUGUAUGAUUAAAUUCCAUGUAUAUUUUUUGUAAAGUAAUAUCCAGCUUCGGUUUUUAAAUAUGUAGAAUAAGAUGUAAAAUAAUACUUAUUUAACUCUAAUUAUUCUAAUACUCUUUUCAAUUACAGUCAAACCAUUUGUAAAAAAAUAUUUAAUGGGUAAUAA